GAGAUGACUGCAUUGGAUAAAUACAGUUUAAGACUGGCCAUAAACUAAACCUAACAAGGAAGUAACAUCAGGGCAAAGGUUUGUGGUUAUUUCAGUCAGAGCAGAAAUAGGGAAGCGAUUUAACAUGUUCCAAAAGACCGAGAGCCAUUAGAGAUUACCAAGAGGAGGACGUGUUAGAAAAUUAAAAGUCAACACUAGUGAAAUUAGGCAAACAAUCGACUGUCACUUGCCAGACACGAAGGCUACUUUGGCGAGACACUGUUGCAUUUAUCAACAAAGUGUUGCUUAUACUUUCAAUAGAAAAUUGAGUUUCUAACUUCUAUCCGAACAAAGUCCCAUCGUUUGUUCUGAUCUUGGAGGAUCAGGUGUUGCUGUUCACAAUGGGCUCAGUGUACUUCCUGCUGUGCCUGGCUGUGACUUCAGUGUGGGGUCAAGAAAAUAUUUCAACUCCAUCACCAACCACCCUACCAACUACAGCAGCAGCAACAGUAAGAGCAACAACAACAACAACAGCAGCAACAACAACAGCAGCAACAACAACAACAAAUCCACCAACAACCACCACCCCAACACCACCUCCAGUUGAUGUGACCUUGGUCACUGUAACCGAGCACACUGAGACCAGCGUUACUCUGCAGUGGGACAAGCAGAGCCCUGACUACACAUACAUACUACAGUUUAGCAACGGAACUGAGGUGAACAUCACAGAACUAGGAAGUGGAUCCACCGUGACCAAAACAGUCUCAUCUCUCACACCCGGCACCAAACAUCUUUUCACUCUCUUCACUGUGAACGAGGGAGGAAGAAGUAAAGGAUACAACUUUUCUGCUGUAACUCGUCCCUCCAAAGUGGCUGGUCUCCAUGUGACCGAGCGCACUGAGACCAGCGUGACUCUGCAGUGGAACAUUGUGGAGAAUUCUAAAGGUUAUAAUCUGAGUGUUGAUGACCAGCCAGAGGUGUUCAUCCCUCCUGUCUCAGAAGGAACCAGCCAGACACACGUUGUCCCUUCCCUCUCUGCCGGCACCAGAUACAAUCUCACUGUCUUCACUGUGGGGGUGGACAAUCUGAGAAGCUCUGGAACCAAGUUGUCUGCCAGUACUAGUCCCUCCAAUGUGGAUGAUCUCAAUGUGACCGAGCGCAAUGAGACCAGCGUGACUCUGCAGUGGAACAUUGUGAAGAAUUCUAAAGGUUAUAAUCUGAGUGUUGACGACCAGCCAGAGGUGUUCAUCCCUCCUGCCUCAGAAGGAACCAGCCAGACACACGUUGUCCCUUCCCUCUCUGCCGGCACCAGAUACAAUCUCACUUUCUUCACUGUGGGGGUGGACGAUCUGAGAAGCUCUGGAACCAAGUUGUCUGCCAGUACUAGUCCCUCCAAAGUGGAUGAUCUCAAUGUGACCGAGCGCAAUGAGACCAGCGUGACUCUGCAGUGGAACAUUGUGAAGAAUUCUAAAGGUUAUAAUCUGAGUGUUGACGACCAGCCAGAGGUGUUUAUCCCUCCUGUCUCAGAAGGAACCAGCCAGACACACGUUGUCCCUUCGCUCUCUGCCGGCACCAGAUACAAUCUCACUGUCUUCACUGUGGGGGUGGACAAUCUGAGAAGCUCUGGAACCAAGUUGACUGCUAGUACUAGUCCCUCCAAUGUGGAUGAUCUCAAUGUGACCGAGCGCACUGAGACCAGCGUGACUCUGCAGUGGAACAUUGUGGAGAAUUCUCAAGGUUAUAAUCUGAGUGUUGACGACCAGCCAGAGGUGUUCAUCCCUCCAGCCUCAGAAGGAACCAGCCAGACACACGUUGUCCUUUCCCUCUCUGCCGGCACCAGAUACAAUCUCACUUUCUUCACUGUGGGGGUGGACGAUCUGAGAAGCUCUGGAACCAAGUUGACUGCCAUCACUACUCCAGUCAACGUAGCAGGUGGGGUCCAGGUGACGGAGCGCUCACAGAACACCGUCACUCUGCAAUGGAUCCCAGUAAAUGGCAUCUCCGAUUACAUACUGCUGAUAAAUAACCGUCAGAUUAACAUCUCAGCCGACGAGGUGUCAGCUCACGAUAGGGUUGAGCUGAUGCACGUUGUCACUGGUCUCACCCCCGGCACGGAAUACAACCUCACGUUCUUCAGCGUGUUCGAAGGGGUCCGAAGUAGCGGAAUAAAUGACUUCACAGUCACGAGAAUGAACUGUCCUGCCUCAAAGUGGAUAGUGUCCAACACCUCCAUCAAGGCUACCCUUGAGGGUUUAUUUACCAAAGCAACAGCAACCAACAGCAAAGGAGAGCACACCAGUGUGGGUGGUGGUCAGGUGUGGUUCACAGGCCUGUCUCCCGGCUCGAACUACACAGUGGCCCUCUUCUACGAGAGGGAGGGCAGGGUCGACACGCAGUGUGAACAUAAUCUGACCCUGGUUCCUCCAGACUUGUCCAAUUGGCGGUGUGACUACAGCGCAGGCGGCUACGCCCUCUCCCUGUCCUGGGAAGCCCAGCUUGGGGAGUGGAGCGCUGCAGAGGCCAACCUGACAGGGAGAGCUCCACAAAAAGAGAUAAGCCCCAACGUGUUGUCCACCCAGAUCACUGGCCUGCAGCCUGCCAAGACCUACAGCAUCUCUCUGGGUGUCCUCUCAGGGGAUCUGAGGAGUAACCCUGUGGUCAUCAGCUGUGGGACAGACCCUCGGGGGGUCAUAGGAGGGUCGAUCACCGCAGUGCUGCUGCUCAUCCUCCUGGCCGGUCUGGCUGUCUUCAUUCUGCGACGGAAACCUGAGCUACUCAAGCCUGUAUCACUCAGCCACUCCAAAAUAUCUGCCAAUCAGAUGAAAGCGAUUCCAACCAGGAAGUUCCCAGAACACUAUCACCAGCUGUGUGUCGACCAGAACCGAGGCUUCAGUGAGGAAUACGAGGACUUUGCUCCGGUGGGAACGGAACAGUCUCGCAGGGCAGCGCUGGACCCCGAGGUGAAGGACAAGAACCGCUUCACCAACGUGCUGCCGUAUGACUGGUCCAGAGUGAAGCUAUCCUUCAUCAACCCUGACAGAACCUCUGAAUAUAUCAACGCCAGCUACAUGCCUGGCUAUGGCGGUAACAAGCAGUACAUCGCGGCUCAAGGGCCUUUGCCCUCCACCAUAAACGACUUCUGGAGAAUGAUCUGGGAGCAGAGGGUGAGGGCCGUAGUCAUGGUGACCAACUGCGUCGAAGGAGGGCGGGGUAAGUGUGAGCAAUACUGGCCCCUGGACAGCGCCCCCUGUCUGUACGGAGGCCUGCUGGUCACCAUCACGUCACAGCACAGAGACCCAGACUGGACACUGAGGGAGUUUCGGGUGAAAAACGAGAGCUCGGCGGAGGAGCGCAGCGUGAAGCACUUCCACUUCACCUCCUGGCCCGACCACGGGGUUCCCCAGGGCACCACCGCCCUCAUCCAGUUCAGGCAGCUGGUCCGCCAGCACAUCGAGGGCCCAGGGGCUGGCGGGGGCCCCACGGUGGUGCACUGCAGUGCUGGAGUGGGCAGAACUGGCACGCUGAUCGCCCUGGACGUCACCCUGCAGCAGAUGGAGAGGGAGAGGGCUGUGGGCAUCGCCGCCUUCGUACACAAGAUGAGGCAGAGCCGACCCCUCAUGGUCCAGACAGAGAGCCAGUACGUUUACCUGCACCAGUGCAUCAUGGACUCUCUAGAACCCAAGACGGCGCCAUCAGAGAACCUGUACGAGAACUCUGACAUGAUCUACGCUAACGCAACCGCACUAAGAGAAUUCCAGAAAGCCAAUUCAAGCGUCUGAAUGCGACAGUCUGUAAGCUUACAAGAAAACAUGAAUAUAAACUCACAAUGUGAUCGCAGACGAGCACAUCUACAACGCUGACUGAUGAAGUAACACAUUUCCAGAUGUACAUAGACCUGUUAAGGCCAUCUUGUACUCCCAUCCUUCUUUACUCUGAGGGAUUCUGGGUGCUGGAGGAGAGUAACACUGCUUUUGUAUUUGUUAUUGUUUUGAAAGCGCACCACAAAGCUGCCUGAUGUUUAUUUUUAUCUGCACUCCAAAGGAAAUACACACAUUUUUUAUUUUUUAAAUGUUGUAUUGAAUUUCAAGUAAUAUAUGGAAUGUAUGGAUGUUGUAACAUAAAAGUACGUUUUCCAAAACCUUA